UGCAGCCGCUGCUGUAUUGAAGGGAGAGAAAUCUGGACUGGUAGAUCCCUUCUCCUCCAGAGUGAAUGAAGCUGUCGAUCUGAAAGAAUUGCCCAACAUUAUUGCCACAAUCUCCUGUCCACUGCUGUCUGACUCUGAAAUAACCAUCAAAGUGACCUGCAGCAAAGUUUGACUGGAUCGCUGAGACUCAGAUUUGAUUCCUGGUGGUUCCAGUGAAGAAACGUAUUGUAACCAUCAACAUCUUAACUAAGUAAAUUUAGUUGUGUAAAAAAAUAGAAAAUGGAGGACCCGUAUCGGGAACGAACGUCUUUGGUCAAAGGCGCUCGUGACAUCGCCAAAGAGGCGAAACGCCACGCGGUCAAAAAGGUCAACAAAGUCGUAGAUCGCGCCUCGGACGGAUACGCAGGCCGCACUUACAACCGCUUCGAAAAUGAUGAAGAUGAAGGCGGCGAUGAAGAAUGUUACCUCUACCAGGAUGGUCAGGCUCAACGAGACGAUGAUGAGGGUUCGAGCGAUGCCACGGAAGGCCACGAUGACGAGGACGAAAUCUAUGAGGGCGAGUACCAGGGCGUGCCCGCAGGGGGUGGGGCUGCAGAUGGCCGUGGUCAGGUGGCGAUUGGCCAGCCGGUGGCGGAUGGAAUGAAAGACAAGCGAGAGUUGGAGAAAGAGAGAGAGGCGGACGAGGAAGAGCUGGCGCAGCAGUAUGAACUGAUCAUUCAGGAAUGUGGGCACGGACGCUUCCAGUGGCAGCUGUUCUUCGUACUGGGGUUGGCGCUCAUGUCUGACGGCGUGGAGGUGUUUGUCGUGGGGUUCGUUCUGCCCAGCGCUGAAACCGACAUGUGUGUGCCAAACUCAGGAGCAGGAUGGCUGGGCAGUGUUGUGUAUUUGGGAAUGAUGGUGGGCGCAUUCUUCUGGGGCGGUCUGUCGGAUAAAGUUGGCCGCAGACAGUGUCUACUGGUGUGUAUGUCAGUAAAUGGGUUCUUUGCGUUCCUGUCGUCCUUCGUUCAGGGCUACGGCACCUUCCUCUUCUGCAGGAUGCUGUCGGGGUUUGGGAUUGGCGGGGCAGUUCCCAUCGUGUUCUCGUACUUUGCCGAGUUCCUGGCACGAGAGAAGCGCGGUGAGCACUUGAGCUGGCUCUGCAUGUUCUGGAUGGUGGGCGGGAUCUACGCCUCAGCCAUGGCCUGGGCCAUCAUACCUCACUAUGGCUGGAGUUUCAGUAUGGGUUCAGCAUAUCAGUUUCACAGUUGGCGUGUGUUUGUGGUGGUCUGCGCGCUGCCAUGCGUCUCAGCAGUCGUUGCGCUCACAUUUAUGCCAGAGAGUCCACGAUUCUACCUGGAGAUGGGGAAACAUGAUGAGGCAUGGAUGGUUCUUAAACAGAUUCAUGACACCAACAUGCGUGCUCGCGGAGAACCUGAGAAAGUAUUUACAGUAAACCGUAUAAAGAUCCCCAAACAGCUGGAUGAGCUGGUGGAGAUGCAGUCAGAGUCUACAAACCCUGUGGCUAAAGUGUUAUUCAGAAUCAGAAGUGAACUGCAUGGAAUCUGGCGUACAUUCCUGAAGUGUUGGGAUUACCCCGUCAAGGACAACACUGUGAAGUUGGCUGUGGUUUGGUUCUCGCUGUCGUUCGGGUAUUAUGGUCUAUCUGUCUGGUUCCCUGACGUCAUAAAGCACCUGCAGGCAGAUGAAUACGCGUCCCGUGUGAAGAUCCACAACAACGAGAGGACUGAAGAUUUCACUUUUAAUUUCACACUGGAGAACCAGAUCCAUAACAACGGAGUCUUCGUCAAUGACAGGUUUAUCAGCAUGAAGUUUAAAUCCGUGACUUUCAUGGACUCCACUUUUCAGAGCUGUUAUUUUGAGGACGUGAGCUCCAUUGGCUCCUACUUCAAGAAUUGCACCAUCAUAGAAGCUUUCUUCUAUAACACAGAUAUUGACGACUCAAAAUUCAUUGGUUCUUCUGUGAUCAACUCCACGUUUGUGCACAAUAAGACAGGCUGUCAGAUGACAUUUGAUGAUGACUACAGCGCGUAUUGGGUGUAUUUCAUAAACUUCCUCGGAACAUUAGCCGUGUUGCCAGGCAACAUAGUCUCCGCCCUCCUGAUGGAUAAAGUUGGCCGUCUGAGCAUGUUAGGUGGCUCUAUGGUGUUGUCAGGCAUCAGUUGUUUCUUUCUGUGGUUCGGUACGAGUGAAUCGAUGAUGAUUGCGAUGCUUUGCCUUUAUAAUGGACUCAGUAUCUCUGCCUGGAACUCACUAGACGUGGUGACGGCUGAACUGUAUCCCACCGACAGGAGGGGAACUGGCUUUGGGUUUUGUAAUGCCAUGUGUAAGCUGGCCGCAGUUUUGGGGAAUCUAAUAUUUGGUUCGUUGGUCGGAAUCAGUAAAUCUAUUCCGAUCCUGCUGGCGUCGUCUGUGUUGGUCUGUGGAGGUCUGGUGAGCUUACGGCUACCCGACACUCGUGCCAACGUCCUCAUGUGACCCCACUGUACCGUGACCUCUGAAGUCUGAGUCGCCACGGAAACACACAGGACACGCUCAGGGUGCAGGUGGAGGCGACUACGACGUGACAUUAUAUGCUUAGUUUAUUUAUUUGUGUAAAGCUUUUAAAAACGUAGUUAGAAUGUAUUGUUUAUUUAUUGACAACUAUUUAUCGAUGUUUUGCACUUUUGACUUGCCCAGCGCCCAGUUUAGACCAAAACAAGAUUUUUAUGCCUUAGCAAUGGUUGUUUUGCCAAACGAAAAUGUAAAAAUACAAACUAAGUGUCAAAAUCUGUUUUUGGACUGUGAGCUUUUGACCUAAUCUGUGUGGGCAGAAUUUGUUUACGUCUUAAAAUACAUAUAAAAAAAUAACAUAAAAUCAGGCAAAUUUAAUGUUAUUUUUGUAUUAUUAUUUUAAAUUUCAGAAAUGUUUUUUUUUUUUUUUUAAUGAUGCUUUUACACUCAAAUGAGAGUAAAAAAAAACUUUAGACUUAGCAAUAGCUGCUUUUAUUGUUAGUUUAGUCGAAUUCAUUGGUGACUUCCACCAAAACAUUUCUUAAAUAACGAACGACAACAAUUAUACACAUUUUCUGCUUUUUAUAAUGAUUUAGCUAGCAUAACAAUACGUCAAAAUCCACUCUGAUCGCUGUCGUAGCGACACGCUUCUGACUUCAUUCUUGCUUUUGUGAGCUUUGUCGUCAGUGUAGCUGAAACGGGCUUCAUUUGGUGUCGCUGUCUUUCCUCACGGGGUUAAAGGUGUCCUAAACUUGUCCUGACUUUAACCCUAGCUGCUAUGCUUCUCUGUGUCCACGUGCAAACUCUUCCUAUUAAAACUGAAUGGCCUUCGCUUCCUAUCCGUGCCAAAAUUCCUCCAUCGGUCUCCUGUCAGCCUCUUUGGUUGAGAGUUUGUGCGUGAACCAUUUCCGAUUUCCUUUGAAUGCUGUACUGCUCAAUUUCACAGCUCUGUUUCAAAAUAUAUGUCAAGUUUUGCCUUCUGAACUCAUCCCACAACAUCUUGAAGGUCGAUAAAUAAAACCAUGCAAUAUCGCAGGAAGAUAAGAGAUCACAAAAUAAAAGCCAUUUAUCCUGAUCUGAUUGUACUGACUAACAGGCCCUGUUGCUGCUGUCUACGUGCACUGAAGUACGCUAAGGGCAGAAACAUAGUCUACGCAAGUAUGCAGAUGUGAAUGUGUGGCCAUUGUAAGCAUUGCAAGUGCAUGGACUCCUCAAACAUUCUUAACGUGCAUUCUUGCGUUACUGUCGCGAUAACAACCCUCAGUACUUAAGCGGGCGAUAGAGUUGUGUCUGUGCGAUAAUCACGUGUUAUUAUCCAAGUAGCUAGCUAGAGACAUGCCAACAGUUGAACUAAUUUUAACCUGCAAGGUUUUCUUCAUGCUUUUGCCUCGCAAUGACAAUAGUUGACUUCAAAGGAAAAACUGACCAUAGCACCCCUUGUGGCAACGCUGAGAAUGCAACGUGCAUUUGCAUUAGAAGAAUUGUUUUCGCAAAACAUUUCGGAACGCAAUGACGUGUGAAAUUGAGCUUGCAGAACUAGAAACGUUUGCAUUCACUUGCUUGCGUAGAUCAUUUUUUGGGCCUAGUAUUCUUAAUUAGAUUUUAAAGUAAAGAUAAGUGUUUGUUUUGAAUUUGUCAUGGGGAACAUUGCUAAACGUGUAUUACUGUAAUGUUCUAAAAUGCUGCCUGAUGAGUUAAAAAAAUGAAAGACAUUAUUUUUUCAUUGUCAGAUGCAAAUGUCUCUUCAUAUGUAUUUGUAGAUAUCUUAUAUUUGCUUUAUGUCUAUAGAUGUUUAUUUCGGCUGGUUGUGUGAUUUUGGGGUGUUAUUUGAGUUAACAAGAUCAUUUUGUGUUUUUUACAUGUUUGUAUGCAGGAUUGUUUUCCACAUUUACUUGCACAAUAUUUAGAGUCCAUUGCUCAAGGAUUUGAGGGAUGUAUUUAAAAGUUAUGAAGUUAUGAAUUGUUGGUUUAGUGCAUCUUCUAGUCUGAACUAAUUUUGAAGUAGCAAUGGAAUUUCUUGGCAGUAUAUUAGAAUUAUUGUAUUCUUUGUAUUUCAUUUCUCAGCAUAAAGAAACUCAGGUUGGCCAACCUGAAAAAUAAAUCUAUAGUGACAGAAUACCCCCCUGCAUGAGCGUACUGAAACUUUGUGUUGUCUGUUGUGCUCUCUUGACGAGUUUGAUUUCUUUAUUUAUUGUUUGAAAGAUGAAUGCAUCAUUAUUGUGAGUGUGUGAUGUCUUUCUGAAAUGGGUUUUGAUUGGUUGUGGAACAGGCGACACCUCUUCCCUGUCUAAUUCAUUUUGUCAAAGUGUCUGUGACGUCUCUCCGUGAUUUAUUUUGAAAAGAGAGAGAACGUGCCAUGCAUAAUGUAAAGAGAACUGAAGAGGAUUCGGUUUGGAUCUAGAUG